UUUCCCACUCCCAUUCUCUCCUUUUUUUUCUCUUCUUUCUUUCACAUUAGCGGAGAAAAGAAGCAGAGCAAACAAGAAAAAAAAAGAAAAAAAAAAUGGCUUCAACAUCCCUAAUUCCUUCACUGCUCACUCUCAUUGUCUUCCUCUUCUCCUUCCAAAUCCCGACUCUCCACUCCUCGCCCACUCCAGACCCUGAACGAGUCGUGGGGGAAGUUCACCGGAGCAUCAAUGCCUCGGUGUCUCGGAGGAAUUUAGGUUAUCUCUCAUGCGGAACGGGUAACCCGAUCGAUGACUGCUGGCGGUGUGACCCGAACUGGGAGAAGAACCGCCAGAGGCUGGCGGAUUGCGCGAUUGGGUUCGGGAAGAAUGCCGUAGGAGGAAGGGACGGGAAAAUCUACGUCGUCACCGACUCGAGCGACAACGACGUGGUGAACCCGAAGCCGGGGACUCUCCGGUACGCGGUCAUCCAGGACGAGCCGCUGUGGAUCAUCUUCGCCCGGGACAUGGUGAUCAAGCUCAAGGAGGAGCUGAUCAUGAACUCGUUCAAGACAAUCGACGGGCGUGGGGCCAGCGUCCACAUUGCCGGUGGGCCCUGCAUUACCAUUCAGUUCGUUACCAACAUAAUCAUCCACGGGCUUAACAUUCACGACUGCAAGCCCGGGGGGAACGCUAUGGUGCGGGACUCCCCACGGCACUACGGGUGGAGGACGAUAUCGGACGGCGAUGGCGUGUCGAUCUUCGGUGGGAGCCACGUUUGGGUGGACCACUGCUCGCUGUCGAACUGCCAGGACGGUCUGAUCGAUGCCAUUCAUGGGUCCACAGCCAUCACACUGUCGAACAACUACAUGACGCACCAUGAUAAGGUCAUGUUGUUGGGCCACAGCGACUCCUAUACUCAGGACAAGAACAUGCAGGUCACCAUUGCUUUUAACCACUUUGGUGAAGGUCUCGUUCAAAGAAUGCCAAGAUGUAGGCAUGGCUACUUCCAUGUGGUCAACAAUGACUACACCCAUUGGGAGAUGUACGCCAUUGGGGGAAGCGCAAACCCAACCAUCAACAGCCAAGGCAACAGAUUUCUUGCCCCAGAUAAGAGAUUCAGCAAAGAGGUGACCAAGCAUGAGGAUGCGCCGGAGAGCGAGUGGAAAAAUUGGAAUUGGAGGUCGGAAGGAGACCUUAUGGUAAACGGCGCGUUUUUCACCGCCUCCGGAGCCGGAGCUUCCUCAAGCUAUGCCAAGGCUUCAAGUUUGGGGGCUAGGCCAUCUACUCUUGUGGGAACCAUAACAACCAAUGCCGGUGCACUGUCUUGCCGUAAGGGCUCCCGUUGCUGAUUGUGACCCCAUUGAAGAUUGAAAAAAAAAAAAAAAACCAUUUAAAAUAGUAGAAGAUGGAGGGAAAUUUUAAAAAAAAAUUGAAGAAAGGAGGAGGAAAAGAAAAAAAAAAAAGCACUCAAGAAGGGUCAAUCUCUAGGGUUUACUUUUCUUGGCUUUUACUUCCCUCUCAUUUUUUUUUUUUUUUUUGCCACUUUCACCCUUUGGUUUAAAAAAUCAAUAUUAUCAUUACAACCUCGCACCCCGUUAGUAUUCUUAGAACCAUUUAGGGAUUCUAGUUGAGAAUCUUGAUGGGCUAAGAGAAAAGGCAAGUGUGCUGAAGUGUUGAUAUACUAAAUUAUGUUGAUGAUGAUCCGUUUUAAUUUAAAUCCACUUUUAAUUCUCCAUA